CUUGGGCCAAACCCGUCGUCCGCGAAUCGCGAGAGUGUUUUAAUCGCGUGAAAAUAAUCCUAGAAAAUAGUCCAGUUAUUAGCGCAAAAUCCGAAUCCGAAUCGUCCGUCUAGGUACGCGCGCGUGUGCUCCGGGUUUGUGAAAAUCGAGUGGAUGGCGUGAAGCUGUGGAAUUCGGAGUGCAGCUUUUGGAAGGAAGAGGGGCAAGUUUUUUUUCCUUCCUGGCGAAAGUGAAACCCCUCCUCGAAAAGAUUCGCGCGGAGAUCUGGGGGAGAGCUGAGUGCUAUUAUUAUUACGAUUGCCGCGGGUUCUCGGGGGGACCUUCUGCCGAGGGAGGGGAAGAUAUUCGAGAUAACGUGAUGCAUCGUCGUCCCCAGUGUAGUGCAGUGUAGAUCUUUAGAAGGAUUACCCGAAGCAGCUUCUUCGAAAACUGCGGAUCAUCGGACGCUUGUGGAGUCAGGAUGUGCCACCAGCUUCGGGCGGACCAAUUUCGGAAACAGCAGAUAUCAGUCACCUUCGAUCGUAGCAUACGCGAAAACGAUCGGGAGGUGCUUUAGAAUCAACGAACGAACAUUCCUCCAGCUCUGUACUACGACUCCGGACUCGAACGAACCUUGACGACGAAAUCGAAUUGAAGCCGCCAGGAAUUGACCAUCUAGCGGAGUAGUAGAAACUUAAUCUCAACACCAGCAGGUUUAGCAAUCCAGCCAUGCGGACGAAACACUUCCUCCUGAUUCUGAUCGGCGUGAUAACGACUAGCGUGCUGUUGAUACUGUUGGGACCGGCCGGCCAGCAGAAUGACUCGAUCAAGAACAUUAUGUCGCAGACGCACGAGCAGUUGCGCAACCUGCAGAAAAACAUGGUCCGCGACAGCAGCGAGCAGCACCCGGAGAUGGACCCGAAGUACCUGGCCUUGCUCGGGUUCACCCAGCCGCUGUACAACGGCACGCGGCACAACUUCUCGAUCGUAACGUACGCGCUGGCCGGCGAGGUGGCCUCGACCAUUCUGUACGCACAAAACAUCGCGAGCAAGCUGCCAAACGAGCAGCUGCUGAUCUACGACCUUGGUCUGUCCGAGGUCGACCUGCACACGCUGCAGGCCUUCUGUAACAGCACGCGCUGCACUGUGAUAAGCUUUGGCGAUCGGCUCGCCCCGUUGCCGUCGUACGUAACCGACGAAAAUAUGCACGCGUUCCGGCCAAUCGUGAUCCACGACGCGCUCGCCCGGGCCCGCUCCAUCCUCUUCACCGAGAACAGCGUCCGGCUGCGGGGCACCGGCAAGGAUGUGGCCGAUAUGCGAACCAAGACUGAGAACAGCACCAGUGGCGUGAUGGGCUGGACGACCCAGCAGGCGGUCACCAGUCGGACGCAUCCAAAGAUGUUCGACUACUUUGACACCGAGGCGGACAAUUUCCUCUUUUUGCCGAUGGUUUCGCUGGACUUUGUGUUCUUCGCUGGGACGCCGACGGUCAACGAGAAGAUUAUGCUGCCCUGGGUGCGCUGCAUGCUGACGCCCGAGUGUUUGCACCCUAUCGGUGCCCAGUCCGGCGGCUGCAAGUACAACAAGAAGCCCCAGUACCGGUACUCGGGCUGCCACGGGUACGACACGUCCGCCUUCAACAUCAUCCUCGGGUACACGUUCGGCUUCGACGAGACCAAGUACUCGACGCACGAGGACUCCUCCUCGGGGCGGCUGUUCUACCUCGAGACGCUCGAGCAGGCGACGCGGAUCCUCGAGAACCGGCGCAAAAACAUCAGCGACACCUCGGAGCACCCGUUCACGGACGACCAGUAGGAGGAGGAGGAGGGGGAGGAUUUCAACAGAACAAAAAAGUCAUUAGUUUAGCAGCUACUUAAAAAAUGAGAGAGAGAGUGCGAAUCAGGGGUAAGUAUGGGAAGAGAUUAUAAGAAGAACUCGUGACCAAAGGUGUUUGAACAGCGCGCUCAACUUGUUGGGAAUUAUCUGUUGUUUCAGAAUAUUAUUGUACAUUUUUUUUCUAUUUUCGAAUCAACUCUUCACAGUUUCUGUACAGUUUAGUUCGCUAAGUUAAAAAAUCAAACUCUUGGAUUGUCAGGCACGGAUGGUCGGUCCGUUACGAUAUAAGAUAAACUUGUGUGAUUUAUUCGUGUAAGAACAACUCUCGGUUUAAGGAUGAUUAAGCAAAGUUGCACAAACAAACAAAAAAAAACAGUGGCCAAGGUAGAGAAAAAAAAAGUGGGUGUGUGUUUUUUUAUAAAACGGAACGGAAAAAACGGGAAAAGCGUAGCAACUGCACACAUUUAAUCGCAUGUUAAAAUGUGGCGCUAGGAUAGUGAGGGGAAAAAACGCACAGGGCUCCGGAUCGAAUCCGGAGACUCGCUGCUGCAGCUUUCCGACGCGGAAUGAAAAGAUGCUGUGAACACAUAAAACUUAAGCUUAAGCAGAGCGCAAGCAUGGAGAGUAGCUUCAGGUUAGCGGUUUAGUGAGGAGGAAAAAGAUUUUCUUUCGAUUGUUUGUUAGUAGAAGCAACAAAAAAAAUGGCAGACCAAAUCUCGUAAUAAAGCUUGAUUUUACUCAGUAUUUGAUAGAGAGCAAAACGUAGAGAUGCAAUCGCAAAGUUUCGCAAAAUAUGAAAUAUUUUUAAGGAAACGUUCAGAAAAAUGGUGAAAUUUGUAGAAAACAAAUCCUAGGUGUGCACAUUAUUAUACGGUUACGAGGACAAAGAUAAUAUCUCUAACAAAAAUAAGUACACGUAGUAACGAUUAGAGGGAUAUGUAGAAAAAUAGAUAUCUCACCAAAUUUGGUUCAAGUCUAAAUGUGGUAUCGUUCGUCAACGGUUAAAUAUAGAACCAUCACAGCCCUAAAGUCAUCAUGUUACACUACAUCAAUUUAAUGCAAACUGAGCUUGACGAAGAACAAAAGUGUUUAUUUUAAAUUUGGACUGUUCGAUUUUCCUCCUUCUUUCUAGCAACUGUAAGUAACUAUUCAGUGCAGCGAUGCAAAUUGGCAGCAUGUUUCUAACGAUGUUCAACAAUGUCAAACUUGAAAAAAAAUCUUUGUCAUACUAGUCAUGUCUAUAACAUAACCACUUGAACAUUUUUUCAAGUGCUUUUAAAAUGCAAAAUAGGUUUUUUUUUUGGAAAAUAAGUAGAAUUUGUCUUUCACCAUUGCAAAUAUUAUAUAAUUUUCGAGAAAUCUGUAACUUUUAAAGGAAUUUUCUGAUCGAUUUGGUGUCUUGGGCAAAGUUGUAGGUAUUGCUGAGGACUAGUGUUGUAAAAAUAUCAAACUUUCAGUUCUCAGCAACUACCAAUCAUCAUGUCAGAAUUUCCAACUCCCAACUUUGACUGUCCUUUUUUCUGUAGCGAGAUUCUCAUCACCAAAAAAUGCCGGUCUCUACACAAUCCCUUGUGACGUUCUCCUUCUUCUCUCUCACUCCCAAAUUCACAAUCAUUUCCCCUCUACAAAACGUAUCCACAAAAGCCGUCACAAAACAAAUUUGCCAACGCAAUUUUGCCGGACGUAAUUCGAGGUCGGUUCCCAAUCCCCCUCUCGCGUUCUUUCUUUGCGGUUUGCUGAGAAAACAAAAGAAUUUUCGGCGAGUGUGCGUGAACGAGGAAAAGAGAAGGAGUGAUAGAAAGAGAAUGCUCUUGAUGGGAAUCAAGAGACACGAGAAGAGAUUUGAAAAGCAACAGUGACGGUCGCUAUACUGUCUGAUAUUUUGGUAAAGAAAUCAUCAAAUGAUAGUUUUUUCUAUCACUCAUUAACAAUACUGAUGAGAACUUAUCAGAAAAAUUAUCUACCCUGAAUUUUCUUUCGCAAUUUAAACAUUAUACAAAAAAAAAGAUUUUUUUUAUAAAUGGCAUAAUUUUCAAGUUAUAGCAAUUUUAAUCGAAAUUUAUGGUAAACAUAGGAACAUUUUUUUUUUUAAGUGUUAAGAUUUUUACGAAUAGCUGAGAAAAUUUUCCAUUAUUUUCGUUUUAAGACUUUCAAAAUCGGAAAUUAGUUGCUGAGAUAAAGCCUUGCAAAGAAUAAAAAUUGAUAAUGAUGGUUUUCUAAGUGUCAUCCAAAAAAACGAAGUUGACUUUAUAGCUGUCGGCCACCAUUGCUAGUACCAACCACUAGUGUCUUCCUUUUUAUCUACAAGGACUUCGCCAAUGUCCAUCCAAUUAAAGUUUAUUUCUCAAAAUAAAAAAUGGAACUGCUUUGUUUUUUUUUUUUUCAAAAGACGAUGCUUGGCAACCAAUCGUCGUGUAAAAUCUAGCUGAUGUUUGAAAGGUCCCUAAAUAAUGAUUUUUCGAUAUUUUCAAACAUAAGGCAAGAUUUUAAAAUUUUGAAAUUAUGUUUUUCGGAUGGAUCGGAUAUUGCAAAUGUUUCUUUUUUAUCAGCGAUAAUCUGACAAAAAGUUGACGAGCGAUCGAAGUCAAAAGCAGUCGAUUUUUUUCGGGAGUUAUUUCGGUUAUUUAAAAAAAUAACUCGGCGGUAAAAUUUUUGUUCCGGCAUCGCAUUAUUUCCCUUGUACCUUUUUUCACUGAAAAGUCCUCAUCAAUAGCUACCACGUUCACAGCACUAAAAGGACCUAAUAAAAAUAAUGGAGAGAAAAAAGUCUACCAUUUGCAGAAAACACCAAAUCGAUCUGAAAAUUCCUUCAAAAAAAAAAAGAUUUUCUAAUUUUUGAUUACCAUUUUUGUAUGGCCCCCACAAAGUUCGAGCAAAUUUUUAAAAAAUGCACAAAAUCGUUUUUUUAGGUCGUAAAUAAUCUGUGAGGGCUUAAAAAAUUUCGCAAUGAGUUUCUGAUUAUUCAAAUUGGAUGUUAAAUUGUUGAUCAAUGGAUUUAUAAUGAUUUAACGAGAUUUUAUGUUCUUAUAUGAGCGCUUUUUUCAUCGUCUCGCUGUUUUCUAAUGCCGUCAAAACAAAAUUCAGCAAAUAGAUAUUCCUGAACCAAAACGCAAAGUGUUAAUUUAGAUGAUCAAAUUGCCAUAAGAAAAGAAAACAACAAGAAGUUCCCCAAUAGUUGAUCAAAUUAGUCAACCAAAUUAGAACAAAACCCCAGUCAUUUCAUCCGGCACUAGCACAAUUACAUCAAACCAACCGAGUCAUUCUGAUUUUGUAACGAUCCCAAGGAAGCCCCUCUCCCAAGAUCCGAUCCGAUGAGACAAGUUUAAUUUUCCCAUAAACUUUGCACCGUUUAAAUAUUUUCCACUGCGCUACGCCGAAAACCUUGAUAAAUACCGAAACCAACUCUUUCUCACCGCUGAACGACAAUCGAGCUUACAAUCCUCGUCUUUCUCUCACCCUAUCGCGAGAGAAAUUCCUCUCGAAUGCACCGUAGAAAGAGCUUUCCCAAUCGGAUCGGGGUUGCGAGAGCGUUGACUCGCCGGAAUCGAAAAUCUUUUUUGAGAGACCAAAAGGAAUUCAUGAACAAAAGCGAGAGCGAAAACGGAAAUAAGAGAGAACGAACCUAAAAUUGAAGUAGUCAAAUUGAUUAUCACAUAUCCCCACUCAUUAAAACAAAUAAUAAAUUACUACCAGUAGCUGUAUCUAACGAUGUGUAAAACUACAACAAAAAGUAUUAUGCAAACAUAUUAAAAUAGAGCAGAAAUAACAGAAAAGUAAAUCGGAUCCAAUAUAAAUAACUCUUAGAACUUAUGGUGGAACAGAGAAUGAUAGUGUAGUUUAACAACAACAACAACAAGUCCAAAAGUAUUUAAAGUAAAACACAAAAAAAAAGCUUUUAUUUCAUACAAACAAUAAAUGCCAACAGAGAGUCGAACCAGCAUAUAAAAAAUAUAAAACUAGAUAAAAGAGUACAGUUCGAAUCUCCUGCAAACUUAGAAGAAGAAA